AACCGUGUAUCAAUAGCUAUAUUCAAAUUUGAUUAUUCAAAUAUCAUCGCGGUUUCGAGUCAUCGGAAUCAGUGACAAAGCUUACUGCGACCUUGCAAGGACGAAAUAAAAAAAUUCAACUUCCUAUAAAUUGGAGGCUUUUAUCUCAGGAAAGAAAAUUCGUAGAGAGAUGACACGCUCAAUGACUCUGGCGAUCUUCUUCGUCUCGAUGAUGGCUCUGUCACUCGCUCAGACCUUCCAGUACAGCCGAGGAUGGACGAACGGUAAACGCAGUGGUCACCCUUUGCAGGGUCUCGGUGGACGUCCGAGCGAAUUUGGUGCUGCUUCUACCGGAAGUCAGAUCGUUGACCUCCCAACCCCCUGUCAACUCCAGAACCUGAAGAUGCUUCUGCGAGGACCUGCUGGAACCGAGCAGCUGUACUUGCUACCCUGUGAAGUAAUUGGCAAUCCCGGGCUCCCUUCAUCCCCUGAAUUCGCACCAGCCGGACGGUUCAGACGUUCUUCAAAUUCUCAGGAGAAUAACGACAGCUAUUGAAACACAGUGUAUUGUCCUUUAUGUUCCCAUGUGUUUGUCAUGCCUAUCCUCUAAUAACAAUUUAAAUAAAUAAAAGAAAACUUG